AAUCAUAAUUAAUGUAUGAUAAGAAUAGAUAUAAAAAGAAAAUUUCACGAUUUCUCCGACAUUCGCCGGGAAAUUCAGGCUGAAACUGAUAGGGAAGCAGGAGGGAACAAAGGUGUCUCGGACAAGCAGAUUCGACUGAAGAUUUUUUCACCGAAUGUUCUUGAUAUCACACUAGUAGAUCUCCCAGGCAUUACUAAGGUUCCUGUUGGUGACCAGCCUUCUGAUAUUGAAGCUCGAAUCAGAAAAAUGAUCAUGUCAUAUAUCAAAACUCCUACAUGUCUCAUCCUGGCUGUCACACCGGCAAAUUCAGAUUUGGCUAAUUCAGAUGCUCUUCAGAUGGCAGGGAUUGCUGAUCCUGAUGGUAAUAGAACAAUCGGCGUAAUCACAAAGUUGGAUAUCAUGGACAGAGGUACUGAUGCCCGGAAUCUGUUACUCGGAAAAGUUAUCCCCCUCCGACUUGGUUAUGUAGGUGUUGUAAAUCGUAGUCAGGAGGAUAUUCAAAUGAACCGGAGUAUAAAGGAUGCUCUUGUUGCUGAAGAGAAAUUUUUCCGCAGUCGUCCUGUAUACAGUGGUCUGGCAGAUAGUUGUGGUGUUCCUCAACUGGCAAAGAAAUUGAACCAGAUUCUAGCACAACAUAUAAAGGCUGUGCUACCUGGGCUGAGAGCACGUAUAAGUACUUCACUAGUCUCUGUGGCAAAGGAGCAUGCAAGCUAUGGAGAGAUUACUGAGUCCAAGGCUGGUCAGGGUGCACUUCUCCUGAAUAUUCUUUCAAAAUAUUGUGAAGCAUUCUCUUCAAUGGUUGAGGGAAAGAAUGAAGAGAUGUCUACAUCCGAGUUAUCUGGUGGAGCACGAAUCCAUUACAUUUUUCAAUCCAUAUUUGUCAAAAGUUUAGAGGAGGUGGAUCCAUGUGAAGACCUGACUGAUGAUGACAUUCGGACUGCCAUACAGAAUGCUACAGGGCCUAAAUCAGCACUAUUUGUUCCAGAAGUGCCAUUUGAGGUCCUUGUGCGAAGGCAAAUAUCUCGUCUAUUGGAUCCAAGUCUUCAGUGUGCCAGGUUUAUAUAUGAUGAACUAAUAAAGAUCAGCCAUCGCUGUAUGGUUACUGAACUGCAGCGAUUCCCUUUCUUGCGAAAGCGUAUGGAUGAAGUUAUUGGGAACUUUUUACGAGAAGGCCUUGAACCGUCAGAGAAUAUGAUUGCACACAUGAUAGAAAUGGAGAUGGACUACAUAAACACUUCCCACCCAAAUUUUAUUGGUGGAAGCAAGGCAUUAGAAAUUGCUGUGCAACAGACCAAGUCUUCUCGGGCUGCUAUACCAGCUUCUAGGCAGAAGGAUCCUCUGGAGUCUGAUAAGGGAUCAGCCUCUGAAAGAAGUGUGAAAUCCCGGGCUAUUCUUGCAAGACAAGCUAAUGGAGUUACUGAUCCGGGUGUCCGAGCUGCAUCAGAUGUUGAAAGAAGUGUGCCCUCUGGAAACACUGGUGGAUCAAGUUGGGGUAUAUCAUCCAUUUUUGGUGGAGGUGAUAGUCGAACGACCGUGAAGGAGAAUAUGGCUAGUAAACCACAUACUGAACCAAUUCAAAGUGUGGAACAUUCAUUCUCUAUGAUCAACUUGAGACAGGUAAUAUUACUAAGCAAUUGAGUUUUAUACAAAAUAUAUGUCAGAAGCAAAGGUUAUUGGCAUUCCAAGACAUGAAGGAAGGAAUGAAGGUAAAGGCACACAUGGUGUAAGGGUGGUUCGAAAAAAUCAACAUGAGGUUCUCCAAGCACAUUUGUACAUAUUGAACAACACUAAACCAUCAGUGAGAUAUCACUCUGUAAGAGCUAGAAUUCUAACCAUAUGCCAGGACUUAUGAGUAGGGGAACAGUCUCAGGUAGACAAUUUCAAUGGAGCGUAGGCCUCCCUAAAGGUAACGGAGGCAUGCAAAGGUUUCCUUGGGCUAAAUAUAGAUUGACCCUCAAGUGCAAAGGCAAAAGGGAGUUUGACUGUAAGACCUACCCAUUGAACAGGGAUGAAAACAGUUUGAUGUCGUUAUUCCUUACAUGGAGGCACACAAAACAUUGGUGAAGUCAAUGAAUCCUCGGACAAAUGAAAAAUGGAUUGAGCAUAACAAGACAUUUUUGAAAUGGUUUAAAGAA